CGGUUAGGUGGCGACGGGCGACGCAUAGUGAACGACGCGGGGACCCCUCUGUGGAUUCGCGGUGAACGGCGUACGCGUUCUCAACGGGCGCGGCUUUGCGUCUCGAAGCUGGCGUUUUACGCGGUAAAAUGUCCUCCCUCGAUUAUCUGGAGGUGUGUCGGCUGUGUCUUGUGAAGGACCGCGUCUCGGUGCCGAUCUUCGAGGGCGAGGGAGACGUGCGGCAGAUCUUCCUCAAGAUCACAGCCUGUUUGCCGGUCAAGGUGAACAGGGAAGACAAAUUACCUAAGAAAAUAUGCGAUGACUGUGUGUAUAAAGUAGAAUUAUGUUAUCAAUUUUGGCAUACGACGGCGAAUGCCGAAAAACAAUUGCUGCAAUGGCUAGGCGAUGUAAACAUGGAAGACAAACAGGGUUACAAUGUUCUCAAUCCGAAUGGAAUGAAGCAAGAUCAGAACAACGAGAGCAGGUUAGAUGGUACUGUGAUGCAACAAGUGAGCGAACAUCAGAACAAUAUGAAUAUGGGUAUGAUGGACAAUAUGGGCCUGAGUAUACCCAUGAUGAUGUCGAAUAAUACCCAACAACAAAUAACCUCAGUUCCUAUGGACAACAGUGGUAGCUCUGUACAAAAUGUUCAACCAGUAGCUGGACCAAGCACACAAACGACACAUGACCAAAUUACACAGAAUCAAACAGACGCGCCUACGCAACAAGAAGAGGAAGAAGAAAGCAGCGAAGAAGAGGAAAACUCGGAUGAUGAGUGUGAUGGAGAUGAAGGCCUACCUAUAAAAGAAGAAAGUGAAGAAGAUCCUAAUAGUAAUAGAACUAUAGAGCCUACAACGUUUGUUAACGUUUCUUUGGCGUGCGACGAGGCAGGCCCAUCUGGACUUCAGCAACAAAAAAUUACAGACAUGCCCGAGAUGGUAAUGCAACAAACAACAGAUGUGGAUCCGAAAACUGGAUAUUUUGUGUCAAAACUCAGGACGCUGCCUCGGGAUCGGCAGCAGAGUGGGCCCGGCGAAAUCAAGCACGUCUUUAUUCAGCAGCGUACGCAGUCAGUGACAACGGAUCCAUUGCACGUGCAUCCGAAGGUUGAAACGACGAAUAUGCUCUCUCAAGAGAGCGCCUUACAGUGCGAAUUAUGCGGCGACAGUUUUCUUAGCGAUCAGGCUUUUAAAAUACAUCUAGAGACGCAUUCGGAGGAACAAGCACAGGAUGAGCAAUUGGUCUGUGAAAGUUGCGGCUGCAGCUUCACAACGACAGCUGGACUGCACGAGCAUCAGAAAGAACACGUUUCCGAGGAAUGUUUCAGUUGUGACAGUUGUGACUACAUGACCUCGAACAAGGAGAGUUUGAUUGUUCAUGAGCGAUGCCACAGGUCCGAUUUCAAGUACCAAUGCGAGGUGUGCGGCGAACAAUUUCAGAACAAGAGCAACUGUCAGGUGCACCUGUUGUCGCACUCGCAAAAUGAAAAGCCGUUUCAGUGUGACGUAUGUAAUGCCACGUUUCGCUACCGCCAAGGUCUUCGGCUGCACACAAAGCUGCAUCAACCGGAUUACGUGCAGCCACAGAGGAAACAUCACUGUGAGCUAUGCAACAAGCGUUUCUCUCGGAGGCAGGUAUUGCUGGUGCACAUGAAGACUCACGGCAACGUGGAACCACAAAAUGAAUACGUGUGCACGAUGUGCGGUAAGUCCGUGUCGAGCAAGACUUAUCUCGCAGUGCAUCUGCGCAAGCACACCGGCGAGAAGCCACAUGUUUGCGAUAUUUGCGGCAAAGGCUUCAUCUCGCAAAACUACCUGAGCGUACAUCGUCGGACACACACGGGCGAGAAACCUCAUCAAUGUACUCACUGCAACAAAAGGUUUACUCAACGGACUACGUUGGUGGUGCAUCUACGGGGUCACACGGGAGAUCGACCUUAUCCCUGCACAUACUGUCACAAAUCGUUUGCUUCGAAAACGAUGCUGAACUCGCACUUGAAAACACAUGCAAAACAAAACGCCCGUCAGCAACAGGAACAGGAACAGCAACAACAGCAGAUAAUGCAGGAGGAAAGUUCACAGCAGCAACAAGAAGCUUCAUUGCCGUUCGAAACCGUCAUAAUAAUGUAGUUAGAACAAUGAUUGCUAAAAUGGAUUUCGUAUUUUUUAUGUAACCAAGUUUGCUUUUUUUAUGUUUUUUCAAUAUAAGUGAUAUUAGCAGAGAAAACUUUAGGUAUAAAUAUAAUCUAUACAGAUUGAUAAGUUUUGGAAUUCUAUAGGAUAACUGAUGAAAGCAUAUUAUAAGACAUAAACUCUCUUUUAUAAUAUCUUUUACGCCAUCUUAGAUGAAAAAUAUGCUUGUAAUUCGUAUACAUUAAUUUGUUAAAAUGUGAACGAGUAUUUUAUCGAGUCAGGGUCUCUCUUAAAUGAAAUCAGUGUAUUAAGAGUGUUGCAACAGUUAUAACUAUAGCACUGACUUUUUUAUGAAAUCUUAUUGGAAUUACUGUUUUAAUAUCACUGUUUGUGAUAUACUGUUGAAGACAGUGGCUAUGAAUAGUGGCAGCUUUAGAAAUAAAAAUAUAUAAUAAGAUCUUAUUUUGAAUUUGUUAUACAAGUUUCAGAUAGGAGAGUUUUUGCCGAAAAAUAGAAACCAAAAAUAGAAAUGCAGAAAGUUUUGUGAAUUACAUAAUGCAGAUAUAUUCAUUUGUACGCGAAGUCUGUAAAGUCUGUUUUUACCCUUAUAUUUUGGAAAUUAUUCAAAAUUAUGAAAAAUUGCAAUACGUGUUUGACUAUUUUGAGAGUCUCUUUUAAGAUUGGAAUUAAAAGAGGGGGCUAUAAUCACUGAGAUAUAAAAGAACAAAGGGUAUUUAUAUUGAAAAUUACUGAUUUUUAGAAAAAUUUUGUAUUACUCGAUCAACAAAGAAAUUUUCACUGAUUCAGUUUAAGAGAGUUAGGUACCUCGCAUUCCUCUGAAAAAUCUAACAGAUAAUAUUGUUGACAUUUAUACAUGAUUUUAAAAAAUCAGAUAAUUUCAACUAUUUAUUGUAGUUGAUGAGUAGGUAAAAGAAUCAUUUAAACAUAAAGUCUUGCAAACUAAACUGUACAAUCCAAGAUCUUCAUUAAAAAGAUACUUGUGAGAUUUGAUCAAAUUGUAUAAGUUUUACCAAUAUAAAAUUAGUUAAUUUUGUGAACAAAUUAAUAAAUAUAAAUUGAAGAAAAAUCGGAGCAAUAAAUAGUUCUCGUAUGUCUGUUCACAGUUUGAAGUUUGUUGGCUAUGUCCAAAAAUAUCAGAAAGAGUAAAUGAUACUUUGCGAAGUAAUAAGCCGUCCAUAACUUUUUAGCAGGGAUGGUAACGCAUUGCAAAUAAAUUAUCAUUACUUUUACGUUUUUAUAAUAACUAUUUGAUAAUGAAGUUACAAUUUUUUAUAAUAGUAAUGGUAAUGCUAAGAUUGGAAUAAAUCAAGAGACGUGGUCGCGUCUCUGUACAAAGUCCAAGCGCAGCUAGUGAAUCGGCGAUUUUCAUGCACACGAGAUUACUUUUACUAAGUAAUUUUUUUACUGUUAUAAAAUUUUUUACUAUAAAUAAGUAACUUCUAAUUUUACUCGUUACAUUAUGUGUCAACUGAGUUAUUUUUUUCAUUGAGUCAUGCGCAAUAAUAACGUUAUUUGACAAAAGUUACUAUUCCAAUCCAGAUUUUACUAUUAUUGUUACGAAAAAUUGUUAUAUUAUUGUCAAAUUGUUGUUAUAAAAACAUCUCGAUAACGAUAUUAAUCAUAAUUCGUAAUUCCCAUCUCUGCUUUUCAGUUAUAUUAUUGUGACAGUAUUUUUUUAAUUUGUGCUUAUAUGUUUCAUUUUUAAUGCUAAUAUAAUUAUAGAUAGAUAAUUAUUUAUUCAAUAUUUGCUUUGUGCGCGUCUUUAUCUUUAUAUAUAAAAAUUUGUUAAUGAUAUAUUUUAGUGUAAAUAAUUGUACACUCUUAAUACGAGUGUAAUACUUGCCUAAUUAUAAAUGUUUAUUAAAUACAAUUACCGGAAAUAAAAUUUCUAGUGCCUUUGUUAUACAUCAUUGUUUAAAGAAAGUUAUACACAAUUAUAUAAAAAUUAUGAGAAUAAAUCUAUUAUAAAUUAUUACUAUUAUGUAUAUGAUCUAAUAAUAUCUAAACAAAAUUACUAUAAUUUUUACAUAACAUGUAGAAAUAUAUAUUUUACUAUUUUCUUCCAAUAAAAUUAAUUGUAUAUGGCCUACCUAAGCGUUGCGAUUUUUUCUUAUUUUUUGCCAAAUCUAAUUAAAAAUUGAUGAUCAGAUUCAAAGUAGAAAACAUUUUUAAACAUAAAAAUGCAGUUUUAAAUAUUUACGUACGUACAGUGAGGAUUCUUAGAAAAAGUACUAUUUAGGUUUUAUUGGGAAUAUGUACUCAAUAUGACCUAAUUAUGUUUUCCACUUUUUUACAAAAAAGUGUUAGGAAAAAUUAAUAAAGUGAUUCAAUAAAAUAAUGUUACAUCAAUAAGUUUAUAAGUUUAUUAACGCAUUGACUUAUUUAUUGGUACAUUGACAUACUCGUAUAACAGUACACAAAAGAAUUAUUUUCAUUAACAAUCCAUUAAAUAAAUCAUUGAUCGAAGUAAUAAAAGUACCAAAAAAAAAAAA